UACAAUUCCCAGAGCCCCGCACUCCACCACAAUCCCCUCAGAGUUGGCCGCGCAGAUUUCUGGGACUUGAAGUCCGAGGUCUGUUGAUCCAAGUUAGAGAAAAGGGCCUGUGGAAACAUGAAGAGGGUAAACAGCUGUGUGAAGAGUGAUGAUCAUGUCCUAGAAGAGUUAGAAACAGAAGGGGAGAGGCAGCUGAAAAGCCUCCUUCAGCAUCAACUUGACACCUCUGUCUCCAUUGAGGAAUGUGUGUCUAAGAAAGAGAGUUUUGCUCCUGGUACCAUGUACAAGCCCUUUGGGAAGGAAGCAGCUGGAACUAUGACUUUGUCCCAGUUCCAAACAUUGCAUGAGAAGGACCAGGAAACUGCUGCUCUCAGGGAACUAGGGCUCAAUGAAACAGAAAUCUUGAUCUGGAAGAGCCAUGUUUCAGGUGAAAAGAGGACAAGACUGAGGGCAACCCCUGAAGCAAUACAGAACUGCCUUCAAGAUAUUGAAGAAAGGAUCUCGGAGCGUCAGCGCAUCCUUUGCCUGCCACAGAGAUUUGCAAAGAGCAAACAGCUGACCCGGCGAGAAAUGGAAAUAGAAAAAUCUUUAUUUCAGGGUGCUGAUCGUCACUCCUUCCUUAAGGCUCUUUAUUACCAAGCAUACCACAAAAAGACAAGUGCAGACAAGUACAUGACCUCAAUGAAGAGGAAGAUAAAAUUAGGCACAAAAGGUUGUAUUGGUAGGCUUUGUAGAACUUCCCUAUCUCUUUGUCUUAAUCCAGAUGAACCCCAAAAGAAGAACAAAGGUGAUCCCAUGAACAACCUGGAAAAUUUUUACCAAGAGAUGAUAAUGAAAAAACGUCUUGAAGAGUUCCAACUUAUGAGAGGUGAACCCUUUGCUUCCCACUCACUGGUCUCAGCUACAUCAGUGGGAGAUAGUGACCCAGCUGAGAACCCGCCAUUACUCCAGGACAAGGGAGAACAGGCAGCACAGGGUAAAGGUCCCAGUCUCCAUGUGGCAAAAGUUAUUGAUAAUUCACCUGAGCAGUGUUGGACUGGGCCUAAGAAGCUGACGCAGCCAAUAGAAUUUGUCCCAGAAGAUGAGAUCCAGAGAAAUCGUUUGUCAGAGGAAGAGAUCCGAAAAAUUCCUAUGUUUUCUUCAUAUAAUCCAGGGGAGCCAAACAAGGUGUUAUACCUGAAGAACCUUAGCCCUCGGGUGACCGAAAGAGAUCUUGUAUCAUUGUUCGCUCGGUUCCAGGAGAAAAAAGGACCUCCAAUUCAAUUCCGAAUGAUGACUGGACGAAUGAGGGGGCAAGCUUUUAUCACCUUUCCCAAUAAGGAGAUAGCAUGGCAAGCAUUUCAUCUAAUAAAUGGAUAUAAACUACAUGGAAAAAUUUUGGUGAUAGAAUUCGGAAAGAACAAAAAACAUUCUGAUCUCCAUGCUGCUUCUCUCAGAUCAUCUGCUACAGAAAACACUACAAAAACCAGUGGCAGCUAGAAGAUAUAUAGAUUGUGAGUCCCAGGAAGUCUUUCUUGCAUCAGAAUCUUGGAUCUAGGAUUUCUAUAUAGAUAGCAGUGUGUUUGGAAUUGAAGAGAAACUGAGGAAGAAAAACCUAAUUAAGAUAAUCCUUUUAGCUUUUGGAAAGAAUUGGUAGAAAAUAUUUUCUAUAAUCAAAGACUAUACAUGACAAAUAAGAUACCAAGUAUGAAGGAUAGGGUACAAAGAGUAUCAUUUUCUCAGGAUAAAUUACAAAGGAUUAUUUCCAAGCAUAUUUUAAAUCUUUAUACUUUAUCUGUAGUCUUAAAUACUUACCCCUAGAGAUAGCAUUAUUUCCAAGACUGCCAUUUAUAUACAGAACUAAAAAACUAAAGGUUAAAAUAUUUAUUUAUUAGAGCCCAUUUGUCCCUAAUUGUAUUCACAUAGUAAAUGAAUGACUAGGCCCUAAACCUAAACAUCAACAAAUGCUGUUAAAUGAGAAAUAUCAGCAAUAACAGUAGGAUCUGAUACACAUGUCAAUACACAUAUUUAAUGAAUUCUUUCUAUUAAGUUAUCAGUGUCUUAAAAAAGCCAUAUAUUUUUCUAAUGAAACCAUCUAGAUCUCUAUAGUGAUGUUUCCCUGGUCAUUAAAUUAGCUACAAUUGAGUAAUAAUUGAAUCUCAAGCAAUAAACAUUGAAUAAGAAUCUAAUAUAUGUUAGGUAUUAGGUAUAUGCAUUCUAGAAGAGGAACAUACUAGAAAAAAUACUAAAGGGGAUAUGGGAAAAAAGAGUUAUCUAGAAGAGAGGAGGCCACUCCCAAAUUCCCCACUUAUUUGUUGGAGAAAUGAAAGACAGUAUGGUAUAGAGGAAGUGGUAUAAACUUUGGACUCACACCUGUGAACUUCAUAGCCACACUUACCACUCCAUGACCUUGACAAGUCACUUAGUCUGAGCCUCAGUUUUCUCAUCUAUAAAAUGAAGAGAAUAAUACUCCUUACCUCAUUGGGUUGUAAGAAUUAAAUGAGAUGGUAUUAUCCACGCUGAAGAGCAGAAAAAAAAAAAAGAACAGAGUAUACAAUCAUUAAGUACUCCAACACACUUGGAAUGGGAGUACCAGAAAAAAAGAAGAGAAAGAAACAGAAAAAAUAUUCUAAUAAAUAAUGGCUGUAAACACCCCAAAUCAAUGAGAAGCAUUAUCUUCACAUCCAAGAAUCUCAGUGAACUCCAAGUAGGGUAACAAGAAGAAAUCUACAGACACAUUAUAAUAAAAAUGCUAAAACGCAAAGAUAGUCUUGGAAGCAACAUGAGAAAAAUUAGACUCAAUGGAUUGCCAAUAAGAUUAACAGCUGACUUCUCAUCAGAAACAAUGGAGAUGGCAAUGGGAUAACAUAUUCAAAGUGCUCAAAGGAAAAAAAAAAUGUCAAUAUAGAAUCCUACAUCCAAUAAAAUGAUUUUUCAAAAACGAUGAAACAAAGAUAUUCCCAUGUAAUCAAAAAUGAAGAAUUUGCUAUUGGCACACCUGAUUUACAGGAAAUAGUAAAGAAAUUUCUUCAGGUAGAUCACUCAGACAGUAAUUUGAAUCUAAACAUAC